ACCGACCUUUGCCCUUCUCCGGCUGUUCAGAGCUUGUUCCGUAAAUAAACCCUCAAAAAAUCCUGCGAUUUUCAGCAAUUCGGUUUUUCUUCUCUCCGGAAAUAACCAGACAUUUCUUCUUUCUUCUCAAACCAAUGCCACGUAAAGGUCAAGAUAAAGAGAAAGCUCCCAUCGACGUUGUUGAAAUCGACAGCAGCGACGAUGAAGCCACCAUUGUUGUAGAUGCGGGAGGCCACAGAAACCUGAAUAACAGCAACAAUAACAUCUACAAACCAAUAAACGACGCGCAGCUGCAACUUAGAGCGCCUAAACUUGAAAAUCCCGUAGUACUUGCUCCGCCAGACUCCAAUUAUCAGCCACUCGACACUCGGAGCUUCUGGAAAGCAGGGGCCUACGAGAUUGGGCCUUCAAAGUACUCUUAUAUACAAGGUGAUUUGGAACAUGCCCGUGUGCAUCCUAAGUUUUUGCAUUCAAACGCGACGUCGCAUAAAUGGGCGUUUGGAGCAAUUGCUGAGCUUCUCGACAAUGCAGUUGAUGAGAUAGAAAAUGGUGCAACUUUUGUGAAGGUUGACAGAAUUUACAACAAGAAGGAUAACUCUCCCGCAUUACUUUUUCAAGAUGAUGGAGGUGGAAUGAAUCCAGAAAGCAUUCGGAAAUGCAUGAGCUUGGGUUACUCUUCAAAGACAUCAAACACUACAAUAGGACAAUAUGGUAAUGGUUUUAAGACAAGUACCAUGCGUUUGGGAGCUGAUGUUAUUGUCUUUAGUCGUGCAUCUCAGUCAGGCCGAGCGACACAAAGCAUUGGUCUUCUAUCUUAUACGUUUCUUCGGAGAACUGGCCAUGAUGAUGUGGUCGUUCCAAUGAUUGAUUUUGACAUCUCGGACCAUUGGGCUGAACCUAUUAUUUAUAGCUCUCACAAUGAUUGGUCAGCCAACCUAAAAACCAUCCUUGAUUGGUCUCCCUUUUCAUCGAAGGAUGAUCUGAUGCUACAGUUUGAGGAUAUUGGAUCACAUGGGACGAAGAUUAUUAUAUACAAUCUUUGGCUGAAUGAUGAAGGCAUUUAUGAAUUAAAUUUUGAUGAGGACGAUGAGGAUAUAAGGCUGAGAGAUGAAGCAAAUCGGGGAAGUUUGCUCAAACCAACUAAGCAAGUAAUUGAGCUGCAGUCCCAUAUUUCCUAUCGCAUCCGGUACUCAUUAAGGGCAUAUGCAUCCAUACUGUACCUUAGGAAGUUUAUGAAGUUCAAAAUAUUAUUACGGGGAAAGGCUGUUGAACAGUUUGAUAUUGCGGCUGACUUGAAGCAUCCAGAAACAAUUUUUUAUAGGCCACAACUUGCUGGGGCAACGAAAGAGGUCUCUGUGUCAACAAUCCUUGGCUUCAAUAAAGAAGCGCCUUCAAUUGCAGUCAGUGGAUUCAAUGUGUACCACAAAAAUCGCCUCAUUAGGCCUUUCUGGAAAGUUACUGCAGAUGGAUCAUCCAGAGGAAAUGGUGUUGUGGGAGUUCUUGAAGCAAAUUUCAUUGAACCAGCACAUGACAAGCAGGACUUUGAGAGAUCAUCUCUGUUUUUGAAGUUGGAGAUGAGGCUUAAACAAAUGAUAUUUGACUAUUGGAAAGGUCACUGUCACUUGAUUGGAUACCAACCUGAACGUAGCCGGCUGCAUAAUGUGGAAAGCAAAUCUGCGGUGUCUUCUCGAAGUGAGGUGGCUGGAAUGCAAAAGCAUAUGCAAACUGGUAAAAGUAUGCAUGAACAGCCACUGGUCAUUGACCUUUCAAAUGAAUCUUUUGAAGAGGAAAGAAGUACGGAACCUCCAUCCAAGGUAGCAUCAAUCGAUCAACUUUGUGAAGAGAACAUCCAGUUGUUUAUGAGGUGCGAGGAAUACGGGCAAAAGGAAAAUGAGUUAAAACGUACAAUUGAGGAACUAGAGGAGGAGUUGGCAGAGACCAGAAUGAAGUGCACUAAGCUCUCUUUGCACUUGGAAACUCAGAGAAGGCAGAAACUUGUCGAGCAACAGAUGGACUGUACUUGAUGCAAUACUUUUUAGUAGAGCUUUUGGCAUAACGGAGGGAAAAUGACAUGGGGUCGAAAAUGUAUUUGGAUGGGGUGGAAUCCUCCUGCUAUUGCCCUUCCUCUUUUCGGUUUCUUUGUCUGCCAGUGUCCAUUAUUAACAACGAAAAGGAGAAACCCCAUUAGUAUUGGUUUAUAGCUAAUUAGUAUUGAAACUUUUGUUUACGCAUGAAGGCAGAAUUAUUCUAAUGGUUGUAAAUUCGAUCGACCAGAACGGACCUCUGAUGUAUCCUCUUGCGGAGUUCCUCCUACA